UGGAAGAGCAGGAGUGCAGCAGUGUCAGCUUCCUCACACUCAGCAACUACCUUCUGUCCUCACCAGGCCCUGAGCACUAUGGCAUCACACAAGGAGUUCGAGACUGCAGGGAAGAAGCCCGGCCUGCAGGUGUGGCGGAUAGAGAAAAUGAAAUUGGCACCCAUCCCUGUGGAACUCUAUGGAAGCUUCUACAACGGAGAUUCUUACAUAGUGCUCCACACCACCACUGUUUUUUCCUACAACGUUCACACGUGGUUUGGUAAGAACACUUCCCAGGAUGAGAGAGGGGCUGCUGCCAUCUUAAUGAUCCAGAUGGAUGACCAACUGAAUGGAUUACCAACACAGCACACUGAGUAUCAAAAUGAAGAGUCACUGAUCUUUUUGAAAUACUUCAAGUCCGGCGUCAGAUACAUGGAAGGUGGAGUAGCCUCAGGCUUCCAGCAAGUGGUGACCAAUGAAGUAAACGUCAAACGUGUACUGCACGUUAAAGGUCGUCGGGCAAUCAGAGCCAGUGAGGUGCCUCUUUCCUGGUCAAGCUUCAAUAAAGGAGACUGCUUCAUCAUUGAUUUGGGAAAGGUUAUAUACCACUGGUCUGGCAGUGAGAGCAAUUUCUUUGAGCGCUUAAAAGCCACUGAGGUGGCCAAGGAUAUCCGUGACAACGAGAGACAUGGGCGUGCCACCAUUGAGAUGACUGAAGAAGGCAGUGAGCCAGAAGCUGUCAUUGAGGUGCUUGGACCCAAGCCUGAUCUCCCAUUGUGUGAGGAUGAGAAAAAGUGUGAUGAAAUUGCUGAUAGAAAGAACAAAAAGACGGCAACUCUCUAUUUGAUUUCUGAUGCUGCUGGCUCCAUGAAGACAACUGAGGUGGCUAAGGAAACCCCUUUCAAACAAGACAUGCUCUCCCAAAAUGAAUGCUACAUCUUGUACAAUAAAGGAGGCAAAAACCUAUUUGUCUGGAAAGGUAAGGAUGCAAAUGCAGAUGAGCGCAAAGAAGCACUGAAUAGGGCAAACAAAUUCAUCAAAGACAACAACUGCGACCCACAUACUAAGAUCCAGAUUAUGGCAGCAGGGGCUGAGACCUCCAUUUUUAAACAGUUUUUCUUCAACUGGUUGGACAAGGAUGAGACCACUGGCCCAAGUGAGGCCUACAGGGAGAAUAAAAUCGCGAAGGUGGAGCAGAUUCCCUUCGAUGCCUCCAAACUCCACAGCAACAAAUGCAUGGCUGCCCAGCACCGUAUGGUGGAUGAUGGCUCUGGGAAAACAGAGAUUUGGCGUGUGGAAGGAGGUGACAAAAAACCUGUGGACAAAUCCACGUAUGGACAGUUCUUUGGAGGUGACUGUUACCUUGUGCUGUAUACCUACAAAGAUGGAGGCAGAGAGAAGUUUAUCAUCUACAUCUGGCAAGGGCAGAAGUGCUCUAAGGAUGAACUGGGUGCUUCAGCCAUUCUCACCAUCCAACUGGACGAUUCCAUGGGAGGAAAAGCUACCCAGGUUCGUGUCCCUCAGGGUCAAGAACCACCUCAUCUUGUGAGUCUGUUUAAGGACAACCCUUUGAUCGUUUACCUGGGUGGGACAGGCCGCCACGACCAAGAGAGCAAGCCCAACAGCACACGCCUCUUCCAUAUCCGCCAGAGCUCCAACAAAAGCACACGGGCUGUUGAGGUGGAGCCCAAAGCCUCCUCUCUGAACACUAACGAUGUGUUUGUGCUGAAGGAGGGUAAUUCUGUGUACAUAUGGAAGGGAAAGGGAACAACUGAGGAAGAGAUGACUGCAGCUAACUAUGUUGUCAGCGUGCUUACAGAAGACAAAGCACAAGUGGUGGAGGAGACUAAAGAGCCAGCUGAUUUCUGGAAAGCACUGGGUGGAAAGGGAGAAUACCAGACCUCUAAGACUCUGCAGAAGACUGUAAAGCCUCCACGACUGUUUGGCUGUUCAAACAAGACUGGCAACCUGAUCGCAGAAGAGGUGCCUGGUGAUUUCACACAGCUUGAUCUGGCACCGGAUGAUGUCAUGAUUCUUGACAUCUGGGAUGAGAUCUAUAUUUGGGUUGGAAAAGAUGCCAAUGAGACAGAGAAAGCAGGAGUAACCAAGAUUGCCCAAGACUAUCUGGAUUCCGACCCUUCUGGCCGUUAUCAAGUCCCCAUCACUACCAUUAAGCAGGGGCAAGAGCCAGUGACCUUCACCGGCUGGUUUCACGCCUGGGACCCCAAAAUGUGGAGCAGAUUUGAGGAAGAUGACUAUCUACAAAAAGUGCUGUAAAACACAAAGCAGCAGUAUCUGCAGAGAUGUAUUUCUUAAUGUGAACCAUUGGACUUUAAAGAAUAAUCAACCUGUAAGAUUUUGUGAGUUUGGAAUUGCAAAGUUCUGUCUGGGUGGAGGGCAGCAUGGAGAUCACAUCUCAUGCUGCAGUUCUGAUGUUCUUAGCAUCUCAAAAGUUUUUUUUUUUUUUUUUUUUUUAAAUAUCUCAAAGUUUUAAAGCAAUUUGAGUUGUGACAAAAAUACAGUCUUGUGAUUCCACACUCACAGUAGGCCUAUCUAAAAUAUAUUCGAUCAAACUUUUGCUGGGAAAGCUUUCUUCGCAGCUUGUUUUCAUUGUCUUAUGCAUUGAAAUGAUAAACUGUUUAUGAUCCAGCAAAAACCCACGAUGCACUAGUUCUCCCAAGUUCAGUGUGGCCUUAAAGGGAUAGUUAAGAUUUGUUUGAAGUGGGGUUGUAUAGGGUACUUAUCCGUAGACAGUAUAUUACAAACACUAAAUGUCAGUCGACACACCCCGCCAGUUUGGAGAAGCAGGCAGGAGUACAACAUGGAGGCUAGGCAAUUUACUGUUGUGAAUUGUGUGAAUUCACCAAAGUCACAUAAAAACACAAACUAACUGACUGAUUGCAGCAGUGGCAGACCAACAUCACCCGUGGUCAGCGAGGUCAAAUGAGCCUGGUGGCUUUGAGGAGAGCAUCGAUGGGGAAUUGAUGCCGUUAACAGCUUCCAUGUUGGAACCGGCUGUCAUCAUCGUCUAUUUUUUAUCUUGUGUGCACAAGUUAAUUAUCUGCGAGAUAAUAGGCUAACUUGUGGACAGAAGAUAAGUAACUUUCCCCACUAGUGAACAAGACAAAAAAAAUCUCCUUUUGGUGUUUUAGGGGCUCCAUAGAUAGCAGUGUCAAAAAUGUAUUUCUGUUUUCGACAAAACGAAUGUAUAGCCUAUUUUUAUGGAACAUUUCCCUUUCUACAGCCCAGUUUGCAAAGACAAACUUUGAUUGAGAAAUUUCAAUAAAAAUAUGACCUUAUCUGAA